AUGGAGACGCCGCCUCUACCACCUGCCCUGCCGUCCGUUCUCGCCCACCUGCGGUCCCUCCUCUCCGCCGCCUCUUCCGCUCUAUCCUCCGUCCCUUCCCCACUCCUCGCCUGCUCCACCACCACGACGGCGACGAUCGCCACCUCCUCCACACUCCCCGCACCUGCGCCCACCACCCCGCUCCCAUCUCUCCCCUCUUCACCGACUUCCGAAAUCCCCCUCCCCCUCCCGGCUGCGCCCGCCCCCUACCACGACUGCCCAGCCGUCGUCCGCACCACCAACCAACCGCCCGCCUCGUCCUCCCUCCCCGCCUUCCUCGCCGCCGAGUGUGCAGACUUCGCCUCCUCCACUGCCGCCCCAACCCUCUCCUCUCCUCCCCGCAUCCUCCCGUCUGAGCUCUGCCUCCUACGUCGGGAGGUGGACUCCUGGGGCAGCCACCAUCCCCCCGGGGCGUACUCCUACGCUGCGGCCCGCGUGGUGGAGGCACUGCGGCUAGGCGCCCUGCAGUGGGAAGUCGAGCUGCGGCGCUGGUUGCUCGCGAGCUCACCGAGAUAUGGUAUCGUGAUUGAUGCGGCCAGUCGAGACCAUAUGUUUGUGCUGGUCAGGCUGUGUCUGAAGGCGGCGGCGGCGGAGGCAGGGUGCUCGCUGGAACGCCUGCCCAAGGGGGAGGGCGAGGAGUUUCGUCUUGAUCCGAGGGCUGUGCGGUUCGAGUGCCCCAGACUGGUUGAUGGUGUCUCGUGGUUGGCGAUGCAGCUCGAGGUUUUGUAUGGGAAGGGCAAUGGCUGGUUCUUCGCGAUUACGGCGGUGAAGGAGGCAAUUCUUAGGUUGGGGUCUUGUUUGGCUGUCCUUGUUGGAGAUGGUGUUGCUGGAGGCGCUAGUGAAAAAGGAUGUGAGUUGAGAGAUACCGGGACAUCCCUUAUUUUUGUUUCCCAGGUUGCUGCUGCCAUUGCAGCCUUACAUGAGAGGUUGUCCCUGGAUAAGAAGAUUAGGGCUCUGCAAGCACCACGCCCAUCCAAAUAUCAGCUGUUACUUGAAUAUUCACAAAUACUGAAGCAAGGCUGUGAUGAGCGUUCAAAGCGACCAAACUACAGAGCUGUUCUGGAUUAUGAUGGAAUUCUACCACGUCAAAUGGAUAACCAGGAAUCUGGUAGGUCCAAGACAAGGGAGGAGCUGCUAGCUGAAGAACGGGAUUACAAGAGAAGAAGAAUGUCUUACCGUGGGAAGAAAAUGAAGCGAAAUCCAACAGAGAUAUUAAGAGACAUAAUUGAUGAGCACAUGGCGGAAAUAAAACAAGCAGGUCUGGGGGAACCUCCUGGUGACAUUGCACAAAAUAUACUUGAGACCAAUUCUAAUGGAGGCGCUUACCAAGGAAGCUCUUGUGAUAAGGCUAUUUUGGGUUCUCGAUUACGUAGUCGUGAGAACUCACCACAUACUGCAUCAAGGAGCCAUGACACAAGGGAUUCAUAUAUGAACAUAAGAUAUGAAAAUAGUGGACACCGUCACCAAAAUGUAUCUGAGCAUGAGAAAGGAGGGAUCAGAGAAUCAGGAAAUGCAAUGAAUCGAGGCUAUUCUGACCGGCAUGAUUACACACAUAAAAGAAACACCAAUGAUCAUAGGAAAUAUGGUAAUAAGUAUAAAAAGAACAUCCCAGAUUACCAUUCUGAAUCAAGUGAUCGUUCAGCAUGGUCCACACGAACACCAAAAUCCUCGGAAAGAGAAUAUGGCGGCAUGCCAGGAGAUAAAAGCAAUGAUAGAACCAGAACUACUCAGAACAGACAUGGAUCAAUACCUGGGAAUAAAGACCAGUUCAGUGAUAGAUAUGAUCCCCAAAGCAGAUAUUCUGAUGAGGAUCCUCGUGAAGCAUACCAUGAUGCGUGA